AUGGCCAUCCAAACAAAUGAAAGCUCUGGCUUCGUCAUCCUCAACAACGAAUCAACCGAAACACUAAUCCCAGCACUUGAAAGCCAUUUGCCAAGCUCUCUACCAAUUCUGCGACGCAUUCAAUAUGAUUGCACUCAUCCACGCCAGACUGCAUAUCAUGUAGCCAGCGCCAACAUAACCCAAUCUUCAAACAACCCUUCAGACGAAGAACCCUGGAUAGCGGCUUUUAUCAAUCUUUUCGCUGGUCAUGAGACUCAAGUAGUAAUUUAUUCUAGCCUAGAAGCUGAGGUUCCGUCAGUCGAAUAUACAAUCAACAACGAUAAUGGGGAGGACAUCAUCGAUUUUUCUACCAUCAGUCCUCAGAGACAGGAUAUCGCGAGGAAGCAAAUAUGGAGUCUUCUGCAAUUCAUUCAUUCAGACUUAAUGCCUGAAUAUUUGGCUCAUCUCUCAAACUCGAAAGACCAGCCGGAUGGCCUGGAGCAACAGCAAAAGAUAAAAGUACUUCCCAAACAUAACCCUCCCUCCUUCCUCAUCGGCUCUCUACACACAGGGCUCGUCAAACUCCUUACCACCAACGACUCUUACCGCAACGCUCAAUUCCGACCUGGGCUUAAAGUUCAUCGAUACGACACUUUGCCUUAUGUGAAAUACAUAUUUGCGCCAGACAUAUUUCAAACGGGCAGCGAUGAGAAGAGUAACCCUCUUCCGGAGGGUUAUUUCUACGGCUCCGAAGGCUUAAAAGCUGAGCAUGUUGAUCUCGUGAAAUCGAGGACACAUAUCCCGCGGGGAAGGAAGACAUUACUCGCCAUACCUAGCGUGGUAGUCUAUCACCACAGCAAUGCUGAAGUGCCAAUUGCAUGGGCCUUCCUGGCCUUCGACGGCUCUCUUGCGACCCUUCAUGUUGAGCCGGAGCAUCGCGGGAAGGGGAUUGCGGCUACAUUGUCGAGGGAGAUUAUGAGGAGGGGCAUGGGGAGUGGUGCUUAUGGAUCAAACUCCAAAGAAUUGGGGUAUACGCAUGCGGAUGUUGCGAGGAAUAAUGUCGCGAGUAGGAAGGUUAUGGAGAAGGUGGGUGGUGGGAAGGGGUGGAGGUGGAGUGUUACGUGGACUGUUGUUGAGGUUGUUGAUGAGUGA